AUGGUGAAAAAAGACAAAGCUUGCUAUAGGUGCCUCAAAACCCAUCGCAAGGCGUGCGGCGUGAACGGUUGUUCGCAAAUACAUCACCCACUACUCUACAGCGAAUGCGUUGAAAGUCCGAUGAAGAUGGAAAAUGAUCAAGCGGUAUCGAUAAACGCAGACGAACUCCGUAACAGAUAUCCUUAUUUGAGAGACAUACCACUGCCCUCAUAUACCGAUAUUCAACCAACGUUACUUAUCGGAGCGGACAAUUGGAAAAUCGCUGUACCUCGAAAGAUAAGAGAAGGUAGGCGACGCGAACCAAUUGCGUCCAAGUGUUUGUUGGGAUGGAGUAUACAGGGCACCUCGGAUGCGACGACACAUAUAACAAUGCAUCACAGUACUUGCAAGUGGCAAGAGCUUCACGACAUCGUGAAGGACAACUUUAAUCUAGACGCAGUAAAGUCGCAAAACUUACAGUCGACUGAGGACAAAAGGGCGAUCGAUAUCCUUGACCAGACCUGCGUAAAAGUAGGCGGACGUUUUGAAGUGGGUCUUUUGUGGCGCAGCGAUGAAAACGCGCUACCCGAGAGCUACACGAAUGCGUUCAGGCGACUCAACUGCUUGAAAAAUAAAAUUAAACGCGAUUCUACUUUGUACGAAAAAAUAGAUGAUCAAAUCAGUAACCUAUUACGAAAAGGGCUUGUUUGGGUCGCCGCCGCUAAAGCGCAUGGUAAAUCACUCAACGACUUUCUACUCACUGGGCCGGACUUGCUUAACCCACUUAUCGAAAUACUUUUGGCGUUCAGAGUUGGUCAGGUAGCGGUGUGCGGCGACAUCGCUGAGAUGUUUCAUAGGAUAAGCAUACGAAAGGAGGAUAUGCACGCUCAGCGAUUCCUAUCUUACGAUAAAGUUAGAGGUCAGACUAAAGUCUACGUCAUGUGCGCCAUGACCUUUGGCAUAAGCUGCGGUCCAUGUAUCGCGCACUACGUUCGAAACAAAAAUGCAGAAGAACAUCAACAGCAGCAUCCACAAGCAUUCGAAGCUAUCCAAAAGGCGCACUACGUUGACGACUAUAUCGAUAGCGUAGACAGCGAGGAAGCUGCCUUCGAAGUAGCAGACCUUGUUCGAAAGGUUCAUCGAGCCGGCGGUUUCGAAAUACGUAAUUGGGCGUCGAAUUCCCCAAACGUACUUACAAAGCUAGUAGACGAAGAGGUAAAAGCGCAAACUCCAGUCCAGUUUGGGCACACGGAGAAAGUACUAGGUAUGUACUGGGAACCACACACCGACGUUUUUAAGUAUGUCUUCAGGUUCACUCGGCUAAGACGACCAGUGUUAGUAGAAGAUCUCAAGCCAACCAAGCGAGAGGUUUUGCAAGUGCUGAUGUCGAUUUUCGACCCACUGGGGUUGUUGGCAUGCUACACGGUCGGCCUCAAAAUACUUUUACAACGAGUCUGGCGAGUCAACAUUGGGUGGGACGAAGAGCUGCCAGAGGCCCUUUGCGGCGACUGGAGACAAUGGAAGCGGCUGUUGCCGUUAAUGCAAGCAGUUGAAAUUUCGAGAUGCUACUCACGUAACUUGACUGCGGCAACUGACGUGGAGAUUCACACAUUCGUCGAUGCUAGCGAAUAUGCGUAUGCAGCAGUGUGCUAUUUGCGGGUGCUUCGAUGUGGCGCGGUCGACGUGCCGUUAGUGGCAGCUAAAAGUAAAGUCGCUCCAUUGAAGCCGAUUUCUAUUCCGCGCAUGGAACUACAAGCCGCUGUAAUAGGCUUGCGUUUGGCUCAGCGGGUGAUGAAGGUGAGCAGACUAAAAAUUCAACAUGCCACUUACUGGUCAGACUCCAAAACCGUUUUGCAAUGGUUGAAAAUGGAUCCUCGUAAUCUUCAACAGUUUGUGAUGCAUCGCGUCGGGGAGAUCCUUGAGAAUUCCGACAAUACUCAGUGGCGAUGGAUCCCAACUAAAUUGAAUGUAGCUGACGUAGCGACUAAAGUAAAUAGUGCGGUGGAAAGCAAGCAGUGGUUGCAGGGACCCGAAUUCCUGUUCACGCCAAGUAGUAUGUGGCCAGAUCCUAUUGAACCAUUUAACGACUUGGAUAUUACCGAAGUUCGAAAACAUGUGCAUGUAACGCAGAAAAAUCCGGCAAUCAAGGUAAAUGUAGAGUACUUCUCUAAUUGGCGUCGGCUCUAUAGGGCGACGGCGACGUUUUAUUUGUACGUUUCUCGGUUAAAAGCCAAGCGACUAGGCUACAAUAAACCAAGCGAAGUUACACCAGAGAUGAUUGGCAAGGCCGAGAAUCUGCUAUACAAACAAGCGCAGGUAAGGGCAUUCUAUUCUGAGAUUAACACAUUACAUUCAGGGCAACCACUCCGAAAGCAAAGCAAAUUAUCCGGGCUAAACGUCUACCUGGAUAGCAAUGGGAUAUUGCGGAUACAAGGGAGAGCUGCUUCCAUUAACUGCCGAAUGGAUGCCAUUGUUAUGCCGAGGGAAGACCACACGACGCUUUUGAUAGUGAGAGCUUAUCAUGAAAAUAACCACCAUCUAUCACAUGAUACCGUCAUUAAUAAUGUCAAAAGUUCAUACUAUAUUCCACGUUUACGCAUACUAUAUAAGUCGGUACGAAAUGCCUGCCAAAGAUGCAACAUCGACUAUGCGAAACCCGAACCUCCCCAGAUGGCACCGAUACCUGCUGCGAGACUGGCCAGCUACACGAAACCAUUUUCAUUUACAGGUGUAGACUACUUCGGGCCAAUGCUUGUAAACGUCGGUAGGCACAAAGAAAAGAGUCUCGACACCCGCUCAUGCAUCAUGUGUCUUCGCAACUUCAUGGCAAGGCGUGGUACUCCAUCAGAAAUCUAUUCCGACAACGGGACCAAUUUCAAGGCCACCGAAAAGCGUGUGCGGGAGAAGCUCAUCGAAAUUGACUUCGGCAAGAUAACCGUCAAAUACGAUCGCAUCAAAUGGCACUUUAACCUGCCGGGUGCCCCCCAUAUGGGAGGCGCAUGGGAAAGUCUCGUUCGAACGACGAAAACUGUCUUGCGGAGCAUAUGCCCGAAUUAUUCCUUCAACGACGAAAGUCUGCGAAGCUCGUUAAUGAAGGCAGAGUUCACUAUUAAUUCGCGACCACUCACUUUCGUAAGCCUCGAGUCGUCGGAUGACAUCGCGCUGACUCCAAAUCACUUGCUAAUAGGAUCGGCGGAUGGCUACAAACCUCCCUGCAACGACGGAAUGGAUCUUAGGCAGCGUUGGCAUCCAGUACAACUUUUCGGAGAGCGUUACUGGCAGCGUUGGGACAUUUGGGGAAUUCGACGCCCAAUUAUGAAUUUCGAAACCGCCGGCUCGAUGAACCUUGCGAACAAGGUCUGCUACUUCGAAGGCAGCUUCCUCGCUGUCUACGCUAUCGAUAUAGUCGUCAACGUAAUGCUCCUUUUGGAUAGCUCCGAAUGCUCGUAG